CUUCAAACAAAAGCUGUUCAACUCUUUUCUCCCCGCAACAGCCAAAAGUGCACGCAGCGCUGCAAUGAUUAUCCAAAGGAUCACGGUUUUACGCGACUUAUGCUUUUUACCUGAAUGAGAAAGGUGAGAUCCGUCUAGGGCCACGCCAAGAUGAAGUUCGGCAAGAACAUAUGCAUAUUAAACGUCGGCGGCACCAAAUAUGCGUUCACCAGAGAGGUGAUUAAGGAUUUCCCACUCCGGAGAGUAAGCAGGUUGCACAGCUGUUCGUCGGAGAAGGAGGUGCUGGAAGUGUGCGAUGACUACGACCGCGAACGGAACGAGUUCUUCUUUGAUCGGCACUCCGAGGCGUUUGUGUUCAUCAUGCUGUACGUGCGCUCGGGAAAGCUGCGCUUCGUUCCGCGGAUGUGCGAACUCUCCUUCUACAACGAAAUGAUCUACUGGGGGCUGGAGAGCUCGCACCUGGAGUUCUGCUGCCAGCGACGCCUGGACGACCGUAUGUCCGACACUUACACGUAUUUCUCUGAGGAGGACGGGAGAGCCGAGGAGGAGUCGCGAGUGGGCGAUGAAGAGUCCGAUGUAAGAGGAUCGUUCGCCGAGCGCGCAAACCCGGGUUGGCUGGAGCGCAUGCGGAGGACCUUCGAGGAGCCCGCGUCCUCUGUGGCCGCGCAGAUCCUCGCUUCCGUCUCCGUGAUUUUUGUCAUCAUUUCUAUGGUCAUCCUCUGUGCCAGCACCUUGCCUGACUGGGACACAGCCAAGAACAACACAGUAGAGGAGCACAGGAUCAUUGAAGCAGUAUGCAUUGGCUGGUUUACUGCCGAGUGCAUAGUGCGUUUCAUUGUUUCCCGGGACAAAUGUGAGUUUGUACGGCGGCCUCUGAACAUCAUUGACCUCCUGGCUAUAACACCUUACUAUGUGUCAGUGGCCAUGACAGGCCUGACUGGGGAAAACCCGCAGCUUCAAAGAGCAGGGGUCACACUGCGUGUGCUGAGGAUGAUGCGCAUCUUCUGGCUAAUUAAACUGGCACGCCACUUCCUUGGUCUGCAAACACUGGGGCUGACGCUGCGCCGCUGCUACCGUGAGAUGGUCAUGCUGCUGGUGUUUGUGUGUGUUGCCAUGGCCAUCUUCAGCGCUCUGGCUCAGCUUCUGGAGCACGGGCUGGAUCUGGAAAGCAGCAAUGAGGACUACGCCAGCAUCCCGGCAGCCUGCUGGUGGGUUAUUAUCUCCAUGACCACCGUAGGCUAUGGAGACAUGUAUCCCAUCACAAUGCCGGGCCGCGUGCUGGGUGGUGUGUGUGUUGUGAGUGGCAUUGUGCUCCUGGCUCUCCCAAUUACCUUUAUCUACCACAGCUUUGUGCAGUGCUACCACGAACUCAAAUUCCGCUCAGCACGCUGCGUGCGAAGUCUCUCUGCUGAAUUUCUCAACUGACAUUGGUCCCUAUGGGACUUAUUGGUCCCAAAUCCAUCUCAAUUACCCCUCAUCUGAUAUUUCUGUGCCUUUGUUUCAAAACCUUUAACAGCCUCAUGAACUGUAAGCUAAAUUAUAGAGAUAUGAUCUGAGAGACUACAAAAAUGACUAAUAAUAUGCAGCCUCUCUACAUUUUGACCAGUUUAAAUGGUAACAAGUACCUCAGACAACUGUGAUUCAUACUUUGUAAGUGACAGGAGAAAAGAAUACAAAGAGAUCCAAUGUGAAUAGUACACAGCAAUCAUAACAACCCAAAGGAACUACAUAAGCCAGGGUUCACAUUAUAACCCCAUCUCUGUGAAAACGAUGAAACUGACCCAAAGAGACAGAAUUUCUCUUGUGUUUGUUGAUAUUUAAAAAGGACAACUGUUUCAACAGCCUGCACCAGAUGGCAUGGCACCUUUGAGGGGCAUCUGGCAAGCUUUUCAGGUCUUGACAGAUCUCCAGACCUUUGUCAACCAUGAUCAGACCCUGAUCUGGCUUCACAAACAGAGCCACUUUGUUCCCAUGGUGAAAUAUAUCCAGAUGUUAAUGAUCAUAUCUCUAGACUGUUAAUUCACAUCUAUAUGGAUUUGUAAGCACUUCAUAUGAUAUGAAGAAAGAAACUACAGACCGAGGCCAUAAAAGAAAACAAUUAUUUAAAGCCCCUGAACGGAUGUUGUGGAAAUUUUUGAAACAACCUUCAGCAGUGUCGUCCUAGUGGAUAACAUUAUUCGAAAUUCCAGUCAGUGUUGCAGCCACAUUAUGAAGAUCCGAUCCUUAACUUCAAGAAACAAACAUCAGAUGUUGAGCUACACAAGGAUAAAGCCACCACCUGCCCAUAUCUCAAUCAAAGAAGAUGACUGUGCGGACCGAGAGGUGUUAACCAAAUUGAUUAGCAAACACCUCACCCACACAUUCAGCAGUCGGAGAGCUGUCACUCUCUUCCUCCUUCACCAUACACACAUGCAAGCACAAAAGCUAGCCUCUCUCCAUCAUUGACUCUUGUCUAAUCUGUGGUUAGGAGUACACUGAAAGAAAAUACACAGUUCAUUCACCUGUAGAUUUGUUUGCUUGAUAGUAUCAAAUGUUAUGUUGGAAAAAAUCUAAGAAGGAAUGCCAUUUAAGUAUUACGCAUGCAAUGGUUUGUCUAACACUAUUGCUCAUACCGAGACAGGAAAUGCUAAUGAAUGUUUGUAUUGUUUGGUAGAUGAAAACAUCUGAAACAGAAAGAAAGUAAAGCUGGACCUGCACAGGUAUGAUGUAGUUAACAUUACCCAAUGAGCACCAGCUGAACUGAUACAUUCAUGGGCACCGGAUCGUCCUUGCCAGGAGAAUACUGUGUUCAGUUGCGUUGGUUCUUUUUAUAUUAUUUUUAGAUGAUUUUUAUUACAUAUUAUAUUAAAUUAUAUUAUAUUAUAUUAUUAUGUUUUUACAGUUGAGUGCAAAAGUUUGUAUACCUUGUGACAAAAUGGACAAGAGAAGAGUUGCAUUUUAUAGUAAU